UUAAUGUCAGAUUUGCGAAUAAUGCUGAGAAAGAGAGUAAAACUAGGAAUAAAAAGUUAAUGACGUUUCUGAGUACCUUAUUUAUUUUAAGUGAGAUAUGUGCUGUACUUUGUGCACUCUGGUUGUUCUAAGGUGUAGUACUACGUACGAUUGGUGUAUGUAAUUUAAGUAAACACGUGUGCAUGUUAUAAGUACGUCAGGCAAAAUGAAAAUUAAAAGUAUUAGGAAGCUGAAACGCAAAAAGAAAUAUAAUGCGAAUGUGAAUCGAAAAAGGUUGCACAAUAAAUUACAAAAACUACCGACUAUUCCAUGUGAUCAGAUAAAGAAAGCAUGGGAUGAUAUAAAAUCUACACGUCACAAUUUGAAGGAAAUGGGUUUGGCGUAUGACGCGAACGAAGCAGUACAAGCCACUAACGUGAAAAACGAGAUGUGUGAACAGGAGGGUAAGAAAACGAUUUUGAGAAACGAGGACUCGUCGGAUCAAGAAAGUGAGGAUGUGCAUGCAGUUCCUACAAAGACUUAUGUGCUGGAGGCAAUGGAAGCUGAUGCAAAAGCACCUAGGGAACGUCUUUUCAGGCUUCCAAAAGGACAGGCACAGUUUCUUACUUACUUAAUAAAAAAAUACGACGAAGAUUAUAAGGCUAUGUCCAGGGAUAAAAAGAACCAGGAUCAAUUAACUUGGAAGCAAAUACGGGGUAAGAUAAAACUGUUCAAAGGUAUCCCAGAACAAUACAAUGAAUAUCUUCAAAAUGAUGAUGUACAGUUAGAAUAAAGUAAAAUUUGUAUAGAUUUAUUAUUUGUUUUUUCAUACAAUAAAAAAACAUUCUUUAAUCUCAGGAUAAUUACAAUUGCAUCAUAUCAGUAUAAUAACAAAAGGUUUCGAUGUGACAAUAUAAAUUCUA